AUGUCGACCAUGAUAGUCAACGGCACCACAAGCGACGCCAAUGGGCAUGUCGACGGAGACACUGGCCCUCCAAAGACGCGUGUGUUCUACUUGGGCCAGCCACCUUUAGUGGAAGAUCUCGCAAGACUUUGUGACCAAGCUGUUGAUCAGAACUUAUACCCCUUAGCAUCGGCAUUCCCCAAGAACAUCGUUGUGUACGAGAUGUCCCAGUUUGCUGGCAAGCAUGAAGACAAGGGUCUUGUAGAGCGUCUUCAGGACGAGUGGAAUCAUAUUCUAGCCUACGGUCCGGGAGUGGUCGUGAUCGAGGGGCUCGAACCCGUGGUAGAUUCCGCAGACACCGUGUUCGAUGAGGAGGAGCAUGCAACAUUCCAUUUUACCGAGCGAAAGCAAGUGUCGGAGACUGGCUACAAGCUAGAUAGGAACCUCAAGACGGCUAACACUUUCACGAAACUCGCCGUGAAUGAUCCAAAAACCUUUGUGCGCUAUUUUGCCAACCCCUGGCUUCGACAUGUGGCCGAGGCAUGA